AUGUCAGCGCCAGCCACGGAAAGCGAGGAGUCCGCAACCGCCCCCUCUGCUUGGUCCCACAUCGCCGCCGCCGACGCCGCCGCCGCCGCUUUCGACUACCGACUCGCCAACCGCCAACACGACACCGACUCCGAUACCACCCCGAGCACGCCCGACACUGCCGAACGGGAAGCAUUCGAGCGCGCAAUCGCGCGCGCUGUUGGCCCACUAUCAUCGACGACUAUUGCUGCCGCCAAUGGCUAUCGGCCCCUCAUCCGCCGGCGGAGUCUCGACCCUGACAAUGUCGAAGAAGUGCCAGAGACCCCCGAGGUAACGGAACGCGAAGCACCCAGGCACACGACGGGCUCCCUCAACGCCCACUACUUCAAGUAUCGAGGCACCGCGUUCACCAUCCAUACACGGGAGGACACACGCUUGUAUGCGCGACCGAUCGGAGCGGGAUUAUGGUAUCGACUGGAGGCUUCCGAGGACGAGAUGAUCGGGCUAGGCCCAGUCGAACAUGACAACGAAGUCUUCGACUCACCUCCUCCACCUCCUACGCCGGCACCAGGAACCUACCGUCUCGCACAUUACUCAGAAGAUGACGCGAGCAAUGCGUCCGCGUCAGAAGACGACGAGAUACACAAACUACGAACCGACGACCAGGUGGGUGUCAUUAGUCUAGUAUCACCAUCGUCGUCGUUGCCAAGUCCAACUGCGCUAGACUACCGCCGAGAAGACGAUGCCUUAGCCCAGCCACUAUCGGAGGAUAAGCUAGGGCACGAAGAGUCCACUACAGACGACCGAAGUAGCGCCGCAAUCAGCACAGACGCUCUGUUGCCAUCACCACCGAUACCAUCGUCAACGUUACCAUCCGCGAUAGGAGCUCGGGCCCGCACUACCGAGCAACAAUGCAAGACUACAGACGCAUUCGGCCAAACCACAGUUGUUGGACUACCAGUACAAUACGCCACGGAAACAUCGACGAGACAGACAACGAAGUCAACCGACAGCAGUAUCACCUGCCCAGAAGACGGCCGACCGUCGCAUCCACCAACGUACGCUAGACCAGCCAUGUCGACACUUUCGCUCCCGAACUGGCCGCCUGACGAGCGCGGAUCGGUCCUCCGUGACAUUGUUAUCACUUUCCUCAAUAUCGAACAUCCCCGCGUCUGGACGCGGCGUCGAGCUGACUUGCCAGGUUGGCAAGAGAUGCAAGACCUUCUCAGGACGACUACGGCAGUACCCCCGGCGUUUGAAGUGCGUAUGCAUAUCGCCAUAUCGUUAGCCGAAGAAGACGACUCAGACUCUGAGCUGAGUAUUGAACACACGGACUCAGACACGCAGAGCAGUGACGCACUCUCCAGUAGGAACCCGGAAGGACCAAUGAACGGGUCAGAAACCCGGUCGAGCACAACUAUCAAAACCAGGGAGGCCGAAGAGAACUUCGCUUACGCUCGAGGGGCUUGGGAGGCUUCACCGCCGGAGUUCGACGGCGACGUCUAUGGUGAGCAAGUACCCCGCGUACUCGGGCUUCGGAGUGAUGACUAUGUCCAACAGAAUUGUGCAAUGUCACCCACGAUUUUCGGCAACAAUACACAAACGGCAACUAUCGCCAAACUACCGCACAAGUACGGCGUCUGGGCGGAGGGUCCAUCGCAUCCCCUGGGGCCCACGACAUUCAUUGGACGAAAGGAUAUCCGAUUACCGGAGGAUGCGAAGAGUGCCCUCGUCGACGACCACCCUGCUGUAACGUAUAUAAGAAGCACCAUUGACCUCGACUCGUCAGAAACUAUCUACUUGCGAAUCUCUCGAGCCCCCAUUCAACCUCCACACUACAACAACCAUUCGACCUCUUUGCUCACCAUGUCCGACAACUACGACGCCGCCCCGUGCCCGAUCGUCUUCGGGGAGGGCUUGCCACUGACGUUCAACUUCGACUUCCCCCUCAACGACCCAGCCGCCGCUGUGCGGCGCGCUACGCCUGAUGUCCCGCCAGGUCUUGCACCUCACCAUGCAGACAUUCCAGGGCUUCUACUCUCGCUCCAGGAUUUCCCCGGUCAGAACGAGCAGACGAAUGUCGAUGAUGUCAACGCCACGAUGGAGGAGCAUGCCUACUUGAUCAGAGAGGAAGCUCCGCUCGUCGUCACCAUACCCGAGGCUCCAGGAAGUGCGAUAGCCCUCGCGGACGACAUCCCUCGCGUGAACGCACUCGUCGCCGCUCCUGUGCACCGAGAUUACCUUCCUCAGUCGCCUGUACUUCCGAACGCGCCCCUCACUAUGCGCAACAUCGCGGAUCAGCUCGAACGCUUGCGCAUCGAGGAAGCUCGACUUCAGCUCCCCGACGGGACUCGUCCACCGACGCCGUAUGCGGUCGGCUUCCAUAUCAACGAGCUAGCUCAGACGCCGGCGCUGAACUCGUGGCCCGCGUUUCUCCGAGAGGCCCUCGAGCACAAGCUGCCGUGGUAUCAUAACGGCGGCUAUCUCGUCCCUCGCGGCGAGGAUCCGCAGAGCUCUGACCGAAUCAAAGUUCCUAUCCGCGCCGCAUCGCCGCCUGGCUACCCGCAUAUGAUACAUGACUUAGCUUAUGCCGACCCCACUAUCUUCCGAUCUUUGUCCGCGCCGCCGACGCCCAACGGCGCCGCCCGCUCUUGUACUUAUACAAUCGAACUCACGUCCACCCGACCGCCCGUGCACCCUCGCGAUUUCAUCACCGUUUCUCACUCUCCCCUUCCAUCGCCUCCGCUUCCGCCGGAGGGAGCUCCAGCUAUGCAACGUGAAGAUACGCCGCCGAAGGUCUACAUCUCCGGCGGUCUCUGGGCUUACAUGCUUGAAGAGCUCGACAGACAGGGCCGCCGCUACAUCCCCCUCGAACGCGAAGCCGAAGUCCGGGUCCCAGGCCUGGUGAACAUUACUAUGUCGUCUUCUCGCACCGGCGCAGGCGAGCAGCCCCCGCCCGCCGAUCGACCGGCAUCCGCCCCGCUUUUCCUACCGUCACCACCCGGCACCUACGAUUCCGACAGUGACUGCCACGAGUUGAUGGACAUGUCAGACUCAUCUUCCGACUCGGACGGAUCUGCGGAAGGCGCACGCUCCGACAUACGGCAGGACUUGAUCUAUCUGAAGCGAGUCGGCGACUUCACGGCUCGCUCCGUUCGCCAGGUCCAUGUCACCAACGCCAAAAUGUAUCAGCUCGUGCGGAGCCGGCUCGAGGAACUAGACGAGGCCAUGUCGAGGCUCGUCGAGCAGGUAGGGGUCCAUAUGACCAAAACCUCCGAACUGACACACGGCACGUUCCGCCGUCUGCGCGAUAUCAAAGACGGGGUCGCCAGCGCGCACGCGGAUGCGCACACUGCUCGCGACAUCCUCGAGUCGUGGACGCGGGAUGACCUUUAUGACCGGGACACGGAUGUCGACAUCGCGGCCGAAGAACGCGAGGCUCUCGAAGAAUGGCUCGGAAACCGCAGCGAAGAAUGA